AUGGCUACGUCUCGUUGUUUGGUUCCUUUGGUCAUUUUCAUGUAUUCCUUAGCCAUUUCAGGUGCCAUUGAUGGUAAUUGGUAUGAUGCUCAUGCAACAUUCUAUGGUGACAUGCAAGGUGGAGAAACCAUGAAUGGUGCAUGUGGAUAUGGGAAUUUAUUUGCACAAGGGUAUGGACUUGCAAACACAGCACUAAGCACUGCUCUAUUCAACCGUGGCCUAACAUGUGGUGCAUGUUUUGAGAUCCAAUGUGUGAAUGAUCCACAAUGGUGUAUUAAGGGUGCAGGAACAAUCAAAGUAACAGCAACAAAUUUUUGUCCUCCAACUAACGAAAAAGGUCGUCCACCAUGGUGUAACCCUCCACAAAAGCACUUCGAUUUGUCCAUGAAAGUGUUCACAACAAUAGCAAACUACAAAGCAGGGAUAAUCCCAGUUCGUUAUAGGCGCACUCCAUGCAUUAAACAUGGUGGUGUCAAGUUUGAGUUGAAGGGUAACCCUCAUUGGUUGCUAGUGUUAGUUUUUAAUGUUGCAAAUGCUGGUGAUGUUACAAAUGUUAAAAUAGCAGGUUCAACCACACGUGCAUGGAUUCCUAUGACACGUAAUUGGGGGCAAAAUUGGCAAACUGGUACUCCAUUGAAUGGACAAGCAUUGUCUUUUAUGGUUACUACAAGUGAUGGCAAAACGUUGACGUUUAGUAAUGUUGCUCCUCCCAGUUGGCGACUUGGACAAACUUUUGAGGCCGCAACCAACUUUUAG